GGGCUCCCGGCGCUGGGGUCAGGCCGCAAUGCGCCGCCGGGGCCUGCUCGUCAUGGGGGCGCGUAUGCAGCCUUGGGUGUCUCUGAGCGGCCCUUGCUGUUAGCCCCUCUCUGUGUCGCCCGUGGCACCCGCAGCCGGCUCGCACUGCAGGGUUGGGAACACGCCCCCUGCCCAUCGGGGGACGCACAUACACGCGGCCCCAGGCACCCUUCCAGCAUGUGGCUUGUUGCCCCAUCCUAUUGCCCUCCUGUAUGUCUCGCUUCUGUGGCGACUCAAAGAAAGAGGACUCCUGCGAGGUGCUGGACCUGGCAGAGUACACCAAGAAUCAGCCCUGGUGGCGCAAGCUCUUCGGGCAGAGCUCUGGUUCAAGUGCUGAAAAGUACAAUGUAGCAACUCAGCUGGUGAUUGGAGGAGUCACUGGAUGGUGUACUGGCUUCAUUUUUCAGAAGGUUGGAAAGCUGGCAGCAACAGCAGUGGGUGGUGGCUUUUUCCUACUUCAGAUUGCGAACCACACGGGAUACAUCAAAGUGGACUGGAAACUAGUAGAGCAGGACGUGAGCAAAGCCAAGGAGCAUCUGAAAUUUCACAGCAGUGGCAGCAAACUGUCCCCAGAAGUUAAAAGCAGAGUUGAUGAGGUGAUAACAUUUCUGAAGAAGAACAUUAUCCUGACUGGAGGGUUUGCUGGGGGAUUCCUGCUUGGAAUGUCUUCAUAGAAACUACACAGAACUGACUACUCUGUCCCUUCUCACCCCUUCCCACUUAGUAAACAGUGGGUUGUGCUGACAGACUCGGCUUCUUCAGGUCCUCCUACUCCUCCUGAGAUCAAGUCCCCCACUACCACUAACUUUUCUCCCUUUCCUUUCUCUGUACCUGAUUUCUGUUGGUGCUGGAAUCAAUCAAGAGAAUUGUGACCCUCAGCGUCUGCUUGUUGAUCUGACUCCCUAUCUCAAUCAGAAUGCCUCACUGCAGUUUUCAGGGUCAGUUGCAACCCCAUGAAUAGCCUGCAGGAUGGAGAUCUGAGAACAGGCCCACUGCUGUGAUGCACAAGACUGACCGAUAUAAGCUCUCCUCCUCCAGUGCACACAAGGUUCGUCAAACUCCGUAUGCUCCUAGUUGCCUUGUAUUCUCUCUUCUCUGGUAAUAGGAAAGCCCAUACUUCCUCCAGGAAAAUGGUAUUUUCAUGACUGUCCAUGGAUGGAGGCAGAAUUGUCAGAGGCUGUCUGAGAACACGCUCAGAAAUGGACAUAGGUGUUUGGGGAAAAAGCUAAUUCCACAGUGGGUCGUGGCAAAGUGAGCACAUGGCAGAAAUACUAUUGGAGAUCUGAUCUUCUGCCUUCACUCCUCCCUAGACACUUGCCAUUAUGUUACACACAGGUGAUCACUUAUCUGUGGUAUUUAUAUAUCCCCUUAAUGGAAUUGCAGCAUUGGCACUGCCAAUAGAAAUUGUGAGUGUUGCAUGUCACUAUCCCAGCUCCUUUCUUAUCAUAGGUUUUGAAAGUCAUUGGGCAUCCCACCAUUGAGAAGAUAUUCUCCUCUCUCACUCUCCAGCUGGUGUCUCAGCCAAUGAACUUUAAAAUGCACUGAGGCUGUAUGUCUGUCUGGCAGAAAGUCUGCCUGAAGUGUCUGUGUAUAUGACUGAAACCUGCACUACCAGCCCAUUCAGUCCGGCAUACAUUUCCAUAGUUACAAUAACUCUAAUUUAUCCCUGGUGUCACAUCAGCAUUUCUGACGCUAAAGCCUUUUUCUCUGGAAUUGCAGCUACCUGUAGGUAUCUGAUGCACAUGGGGCAAGCUUUCUGGAAAGUAGUGCCCUGGGCAGAUGAAAGUAGGUGGGAUCCUCCUCUGUGUAAUACAACGUGGGAUAUGAUGUCCUGGAGCAGGAUUCCAGUUUAAGUGCAGACAACUGUUCAGGAUUCACACUCGGACUAGGAUUACUUUGAAUCCAGAAAGCCAUUUGUCUCCCUUUGCAGAGCAGAUUCCAUCUGCCCUCAGCGAAAGGCUGAAUCUUCCAGGCAGUCCCCGACUCAGCUGCACCGUAAAAUCCCUGGUGAUUACCUUCCUGCCUGUCAUAUGUGCCUUUACUGAGCAGUAGGUGACAUGCUCUUAUAAUCAUGAGAGCCUGUGUUAAAAGAGCUACUGGGCAUGUGAGGGGAGCCAGUCCCAUACGUUCCUUCUCCAAACAGAGACUGGCACUUCAGUGCCAUAGACAAAGGAGUAGGUAUCCCAGAACAGCUCAGUCUGCUUGCCUCUCCCUGCAAAAAAUGAUAGCACUCUUACCGUCUUAUCUCUUUGGAAGCUAGACAGUGGGUGAUGGGAAAUGCACUCUGUGCUGCUGUCAGUCUGGGUUAACUCGCCCCCUUCCUCAGCUCCAUUGGCUUCUCCCAUUCAUGCAAAAACAAGCAUGUGUGUCCAGUUAUUUCAAUUUGUUUUAAUUCCUGCACCUGCAGACCCAUCACUGGGCUAUAACAUGGAGAUGGGUUCUGAUUGGCCUGGAAAGGCAUGUUAACUGUUAACCACAUCCUGAGCAUCUCUAUCCUUCAAGAAAAAUGUAAAAAUGACAGAGAUCCAUUCAGUAUUGCCUAGUACUAGGCUUUGCUUGUCUCCCUGCUCAGACAUCCUUUGGAGAGGAAGGAGGUCCAGCUGGUGAUAAGCACAUUCUUGUUGAAGGUUGGUUCCGUUCCGCCUCUGAAAUCAUGCCCUAGAAUUAUGUUGAACUCCAGGAGCUCAUUGUGUGCAUGGCUGGACGCUGUUCAGAAUAUAGUGUCCAUGGCACAAGGAUGCACGUUGCACUUCUAUUAUGCUGCAGUAAUUCCAUGUUUACAGUGUUUAGCAUUUGACCUGACUGGAAGCAAGGGAUGUACCCAAAAGAAUGCCAGGAGCCCUGAGUACUGUCCUGUCCUAUUAGAGCUGUGGCAGCCUGGCAGCUGCAGCUGUUUUCAGGAAAGCCCCUGACAUUUCAUCUGUGCUAACUUUAUUUCGCCAUGUCUGUCCCCUGACACACAGAGUUUAGAAAGUCAGUCACAUCAUUUCAGCUUUUCUUUCCUUCCUGAUCCCAUAGUAGAAUAUGCCUUUACCUAGUCAGAAUCUUUGCUGUCUUGCAUUCUCUGGCUGUCUACAGCAGGGCAGGAGAAAUUGGGCUUAUAGCAUGUCUAAUGAUGUACAGUCAAAUGCUACAGGAAUUGUGCAGUGAUAUAGGUGCACGAUAACAGUUGGUUAGGGAGCGGGGCAGCUAGCUGCUGUGUUGGAAGAAAUUCUGUAUAGCGGAAUGAUCUUGAUGCAUUUAUAAAAACAUAUCUUGCUAGAACUCUCCUGUUCAAAUAGGAAGAUAGUAUACCUACACCUCUGCCUGGUGUACUAGUAACAAAGCUUUUUAUUCAGACUUCAUUCUUCCAGCCUCCCUCCAAAGACAAUGCUGAAUAGAAAUGACCCUCCCCCUUUUCCCUUGGAAGUGACAGUUUUAGGAUAACAGUUAUAACUUGACCAAAACAUUUGGCCUGGUACCUCUCUCUCCCAUUAGCCUGAUGAUCUGCUGGAAAUUUAAUGGUGAGUUCUGCUCAUGUGGGUAUAAAAACUGGCCACGGUCUCUUGACUUCAGCAUCCUCCUUUCCAGCUGCCAUUAUAUUCCCUUCAUGCAUGGAGAGACUGCUGUGCAUGCAAAGGCUCUGCUGGUGCUAUAUUGCUAUAGCCUUAGAAGCAAGCAACUUCCCACCAGACCUCAGGGCUGUUCCUACAACUUCCUGCUAACUGAUGCCAGUUAAUAAGCCCAAAUCCUGGCAUAAGACUCAUUAGUCUAACGAGGAAUAUAUUGGGAGCCCACUCUGACCCUGAGGCAUUUAAAAAUAGCUAUUUUGUCUAGAAUAUUAUAAAUUGAUUCCGCGGGGCUAAGCAACUGCAAGAAAGAGCUAAAACUUAACUUCUCAAAGGUGUUGCUGGAAGAGAGGUCAAACAAGUAAUUUAAGUACAGCCACAGUAGUUUCUGGUUUGAAGACUUGGAGGAAGAGAGGGAAAGCAUGGGGCAUCCAUGUGUUGUUACCAUGGAAAGUGUAAAACUGCCAAACUGGAGCUUCCUUGGUACCUCUCAUGAAGUUCUAUAAGUAGCUAAGAUAUUUUGUUCUGGCAAAUGUGAUUUUUGUAUAUAGCAUGAAAAUCACAUACAAUUUUUGGUCAUGUCAUGGGUGCCAAAAUGAAAUCUUAAUCCCUCUUCUGUUUUGUUUCAACAGUCUCUAGCACCCAUGCCAGGAAGUUGUGGUUUAAAAAUAAGUAGGCUUUUAAGAUAUUUUUGUACAUUGUAUGUAGAUGUUUGUUGAAGUGAUAUCUUAUUAAACUGUUGCUCUAAUCACUU